UGUCUGUAUCAUCGGGACUUGGAAAGUGGCCGGGCGGGGGAGACAGACAGGCAGCCAACCUCGGGAUUCAGGGAAGAUGGAAAUAAGUCGUUGUGUUCGAAUAUCUCCUCUGUACGCUCUCAGAGCCGCGGUGUAACGUUCAGGACAACUUACCGUACAUUGCGCUUUUGUACAUUUUGCGUUUUGGAAGCCAGCAGCUCCGAGCUAGCUUAGCAACCACCGCUGAUACUGUCAGACACACAGGUAGAGGAGAGGAGAGGAGGGGUUGGUGACAAAGGAAGGUGGCGAGGUAACGAUGAACCGCUUUAGAAAGUGGCUGUAUAAGCCCAAGAGGACGGACCCUCAGCUCCUGGCCCAGUUCUACUACGCUGAUGAAGAGCUGAAUCAGGUGGCCACUGAGCUGGAUGGCCUCGACGGCAGGAAAGACCCUCAGAGAUGUACCCUGCUGGUCAACCAGUUCCGCUCCUGUCAGGACAAUGUGUUGAACAUUAUCAAUCAGAUCAUGGAUGAAUGUAUCCCCAACGACCGGGCCAACAGAGACUUCUGUGUCAAAUUCCCCGAGGAGAUUCGCCAUGACAACUUGGCAGGGCAGCUGUGGUUUGGGGCUGAGUGUUUGGCCGCCGGCUCCAUCAUCAUGAACAGGGAGAUAGAGAGUAUAGCAAUGAGGCCCCUGGCUAAGGACCUUACUCGCAGCCUGGAGGAGGUACGCAACAUCACCAGAGACCAGGCCCUGAGAGACCUCAACUUGUACACGGACCGCAUGAAGGACGCAUUGCGACAUUUCGACAGCCUUUUUGCUGAGUUUGAGCUCAGUUAUGUGUCAGCCAUGGUGCCUGUGAAGUCUCCCAAAGAAUACUAUGUACAGCAGGAGGUGAUUGUGCUUUUCUGUGAAACUGUGGAGAGGGCCUUAAAGAUGGGCUAUCUCACACAAGACAUGAUUGAUGACUAUGAACCUGCACUGAUGUUUACAAUUCCCCGACUAGCCAUUGUGUGUGGGCUGGUUGUGUAUUCAGAAGGACCUCUCAACCUAGAACGAAAAUCAGAGGACAUGUCUGAGCUCUUCUGGCCUUUUCGCACUUUAUUGAAGAAAAUAAGAGACCUGCUGCAGACCCUGACUGAGGAGGAGUUGUUGACACUGGAAAGGAACCUGUGUAUCUCACAGGAUGGGGAGUUGUCCACAGACCAGGAGCCGGCCCCAGAAAUCUCACCAGCUCCAGUCCAAGAGAAUAACUCAUCGUGCAGCCCUGCUAAUGACAGCUCCAAGGAGGAAAGUGGGGGGGAGCAGGAGCAUCUGGCUCCGUUUGUCUGUCCCAGUCAGGAGGAGGAGCUGGCGGAGGUGGAAAAGGGCUGGGAGGAGGAGGAGCAGGAGCAGGGCUUGCUGUGUGAGGAGGCAGAGGAGGCCGAGUUGGCCUGCUCCAUGCAGUACGAUGAGGAGGAACUGGAGCAGCUCAACAUGAUGGUGUACCGAGUGGGCGACGAGAUGUCCAGCCUUCUGUCGCCUCCCAGCCAGGGUCAGUCCCCAGCACACCACCCCCAUAGAGGAGAGGCAGGAGGCUCCAGUGGAUCCUCCAGUACUGAGGCCUCCCCCCGAAGGCUCCAGGUGAGCCGGGGAAGGACAGGCAUCUAUGUAGAGGAGGAGGACAAGCUCUUUUUAAUAGAGGACCUGGACGCAGCAGGAGACACCAUCACCAGCAUUUCAAGAGAGGCCUGUCAUUGUAUUGCCUCUCCUUCCAAAGCAGCAGAGUCUCCUCGUCCUGUGCAGCGCAAGCCGGGACCACGGCCAGACUCUACCAGGAACGGUUGGUACUCUGAGGCCCAGUCGGAGCAGCCCUGCCCACAGCCACGCAGCCAGAACACACGCUGUCCUCAUGCAAAGCGCCCUCCUUGCACUUCCGCUCCUGGCUCUGAAGCUCUGCCUUACACCAACGGGUGGGACAUGGGACUGGAGGGGACAGCGUCUGAAACGGCUGAGGUCAUCGCCCACCGUAUGGGUGGGAUGAAGCUGUCUGCCACGGUCAUCUUCAACCCUCGCUCCCCCAGCCUGACGGAGCUGGCUGUGGACAAGCUGCUGCUGCCACGGCCUGCUCCCUCUGAGGUUGAGCCCUGCGGCCCUCUGGUGGCCACUCACUGCCUGCUCAACUCUUGUGUCUGCUGUGGGAGCUGUGAGGAUGGCCACGAGGAUGCCAUCACCACAGAGACCACUGGACUCGGGUUAGGCCUCGCUCUGGGAUUGGACAAACACUGUAAAACAGCAACCCCGGGCUCUGUCAUCCAGUCUUCUGCUUGCCGGCUGCCUCCAAGAGGCCACGAGCCUCACAGUAAGGGGGAGCUCACCCAGUUAACUCCCCCUUCUUCCCGCUGCUCUGCAGAGACCCUGGAUGAGGAUUCAAACUACCAGCUCUGUGAGAAGUGCCUGGUCAUGGCUCCGGGGCCAGGGCAUCAGGUUCAGGACUGUGGAUCCAGUGGAGGGGAUGGACCCUCCCCAUGCACCCACCAGCUGAGGACUGAAAGGAGGCAGCAUGCCAGUGGAGGCCAACAGAGGGACAAGGAGACAGACGAGGACAAGCCAGGAGCAAAAGACUCAAAGAGGGACACCAAAGAGGACAGCAGGAGGAGUGCCAGUUUCCAGAGCUCUCCCCUCAGCUCUGUGUCAGGUAGUGACUGUGAGAGUGUGUCGGUCACCACAUGUAGUCUGUCAAGCAGUGCAUACACUCCCAGCCCUGUCAGCAGUCUGACCCCCAGCUCCGGGACAUCGGAAGACCUGGACCAUCAUGAGAUCCAGCUGGCCCUGCAAAAGUUCAAGUUAGCCACCAGGAACAAAAUCCGAUCACGCUUCCACAGCAGCAGCGACCUCAUCCACCGUCUCUUUGUUUGUAUAUCAGGUGUUGCUGAUCAGCUGCAGACCAACUAUGCCAGUGACCUUCGCAGCAUCCUCAAGACUCUGUUUGAAGUCAUGGCAACAAAGUGUGAGGAGGGAGACAAUGAAAACCAAAAGAAAGCAGGUCCUGUUCUGCGCAGUGCCGUGCUAGAAGACUGUGCUCUCUGUCAGGAGACCAUUACUUCAUCAGAAUUGGCUGCCAAGGCCCGGGAAGGCCAGUUUGAAGACCCACCAGACUGGGUCCCAGAUGAAGCUUGCAACUCCUGCAUUGCCUGCAAGGCUCCCUUCACUGUCAUCCGCAGGAAGCAUCACUGUAGAAGCUGUGGAAAGAUCUUCUGCUCUCGCUGCUCCUCCCAUUCUGCUCCUCUGCCCCGGUACGGCCAGGUGAAGCCUGUCAGGGUCUGCACACACUGCUACAUGUUUCACGUUACGCCGUUCUACAGCGACAAGGCCGGCAUCUAGCCUGAGACUGUCACAUAUAUGCAACAAACAGAUCCGGGACUGUCGUCAAAGCAAAUGCCACACUGCUCUGGUAAACUUAAUGGUUGUCAACGCACCUGCUAAAGCAAGGCUUCAGAGCCAGGCCUUUACAGCUGACAGAGCAAAGAGACGAGACACACGAGCGAUGAUUCGACCUGUUUCUGUUGCUUCGGAGAGACUGGCAACAAAAGGGUUUGACUACAGUGCCCAGCCAACACACAAAAAUGAUUCACAAAUGCCUGUCUGACUAUAGAGGUGCAAAAGAAAGAGAGGACAAACAGGCAAUAACAGAUUUUGAACUUGCAUUGUGCAACAGUCCUCUGUAGCAGUUUGCUGCACAAAAGCAGAACAAACCACCUUGUUUGUUUUGUUGCUUUAGGUGUAAAUGAAAGGACUUGUGACAUAUUUUCCUAUGCUUUAGCGAGCUUCCUACAUUUGUGCCAGGGCUCCCACGGGACUCGGAUUACUCAAAAGAAUGUAAGUCUUGAUGUAAAUAAGGAUAAUUCUGGUAACAGCUACACUACAAUGUCUUCAGUAAACUGUUGCUUUUUAUAUGGGAGCUGGGAAGCGAUCUUCACCACACUACCAGUCCCAGAAAAGCAAAAAUGAAAAACAGACAGCUUUUAUAUUGAGAUUCUUUUCAUGCUUUUAAUGGCAAUGAAUGUGUAAUUCUGUAUCACUUUGUGAAAUGGUGUCUAGGUUCCACCGAGUUUAACCGUUCACCUCUUGAUGGCGAUGGGCUGUGCCCACUGCUUUUACAGUUGCACCAUGGCAUGUUUAGUUUUCUCUGGGGACUCUGCUGCACACUGAGAUGGAUAAAAGGGAUUCCUGAGUCAUCACUGUCAGGUCUUGAAGGCCCCCUAGUGGAGAGUUGACCUCUCUUCGCUCAGUGUACUCCUCACCAUGUUGUGUACAAUGUGUUCUGAACCAGAGGCCUUCUCAGGUGCUGGCCUACCGACUACAGGCCGAUUAUUGCCCAUUGAUUUCUCUUCCUCACACUUGUUAAAGUGCAAUAUUGUGACUACUAACUGCAAUGGUCCUGCACACUUUAGAGACAACACUUAGCUAUUUAAAUUGUAGUUAUAGGCCAUUUCUGAGGAGAUAAGUUGUGCUGAUUUGGAUUUACACUAAAUUGUUUCCUGGUAUUGUUCUCUGGUGGCACUGUCCAACAGGAACAGAUAUUUUGUUCCUCACAUGCACCUGACUUCCUUUCUGCUCUUGAAUCUGCUUCCAUUACAAUGACUGCUUAUAAAGUAUCUUUCAUGCUCAUCAUAUAUCACCGUUUGUACAUCUGAAUGGUCUAAAGUGGCCAUUUUACACAUAUGGACCUUUGAGCAACAUCUGUGAAAUAUCACAUCGUGUCCAUUCUGCUCUGACGUAAAGCAGUUUCUCAGGCAUUACAUAAUCAAACUCGUUCACUACUCUUGAAUCAAUCUUAUUUUCAUCAAAGAACAUAUAAA